AUGAGUAGAUCAAUCAUAUUUCUAGUGUUUCUUGGAAUUCAGAUUUUUAAAGGUAAUUUUUAUUUUGAUUUUCGGUCGUGAAUUUGAACGGCUUGGGACAGCCGAGCCUUAAAUUUGGGUUGCUCUGAAAGCCUGCAUGAAUCGAAAAUUUUUUUUAGUAUCAUCAACAUCCAAACUCGAUUGCGAUUUUAGUGGUGAAUGUUGUUGGGCGACAGCUCGAGAAGAAGAUCAGUGGGAAAUCAGAAGUGGCGAUGAAUUAGAUGUGAACGAGUUCCGAAGAAUUUUUCUAACUGGAAAAUCACGUCCACCACCAUCGGCGAAUUAUGCGAUUCGUGUUGAAAAUAAAAGAAAAUCCUCGCUGAUUUCAUGCGCUGUUUGCAGUUCAACCGGACACGCGACUGUCAAGUUCAGGUUAGGUCGUUUACAAUUCAAUUUAUUACUUUUUUUGGUUUGGUUCGGUCGGGUGAAACGGAUAUGACUAAACAUGUUUUUCGCUUAUUUCUUAUAGAUUUAUCUUCAAAAAAACUUGGGUUUCCAAAAUGGGCCCGGACCCUUUCUGAAAUGACUCCAAAAAAUGGGUCCGCGCUACAUCACGAAAAAGGGUUCGCAAAUUUCAAAUGGGUCCGCGACUGAAUUUCUAUUUUUUACAAAAUGGGUCCGCGCUUACAAAAUGGGUCCGUGCUAUUUUUAAAAAAGGGUCCGCGAUUUCAAAAUGGGUCCGCGAAAAACAAAACGAUAAGGAGCAAUUUUACAAUUUUCACUUUAUUUUUAAUUUUGCAAGAGUCAUUUUUUUCACACGACUAAGUUUUCUAGGGUUCUGAUUAUUUUAGUUCAGAAUCGCACUUUUUUGGGCGUUCACUAAGCCUAAGCCUAAUAUCCGGACUAGUAAAGCGCGAAAAUUUAGUUUUAACUAUUCUGUCGUUCCAGGCUUAGGCUUAGUGAACGCCCAGAAAAACUAAAACUUCUUCCGAAAAAUGACUCUCACGAAAAAAAAGCUUAUGCUAAAAUUUCAAUGCUGAAAAUACUUGGCCGUCUCACCACGUUCUCAAAAUCCCUUCAAUAUUUCUUUAUUUUCGCGGACCCAUUUUGAAAAAACAUUGGAGACCCAUUUUGAAAUCGCGGACCCUUUUUUUAAAAAUAGCACGGACCCAUUUUGUAAGCGCGGGCCCAUUUUGUAGAAAAUAGAAAUUCAGUCGCGGACCCAUUUGAAAUUCGCGAACCCUUUUUCGUGAUGUAGCGCGGACCCAUUUUUUAGAGUCAUUUCAGAAAGGGUCCGGACCCAUUUUGGAAACCCAUUCCGUAUUUGCCUUAUUUUUCAAGUGUGAUUACGUAGAUUUCAAACUUCUGAAAUACAUUUUCCAAGUCGAUUGUGGCUAAUUCUUAGAAAGAGAUGAAAUAAAAAUAUAUGAAAUUUAAAACAAAACCGUCUUUUCGCAGAUUUCAAGCAAACUAGACAUUUUGCAAUGAUACAUAAAAAAAUAUUCCUUAAUUCCAGACAUUGGCAAUCAGCUAAUGCCAUCUUACGAAUUUGUUGGCAACUCGAAGGAGACGGAAGUCCAGCACCAGAAAAUUGUUUGAUUGCCAGACAUGGGAAACAAAGUAAAUUGAAUGUUUAUCGAUUCAAAAAAAUUCACAAAAGCCAAAACUUUAGGGUGAGAAAGAAAAUUAAUACAAUUUCUCAAAAGGCUUCUUCCAGCUCGUAUUCAUUGUUGAAAAUGCCGAUGAAAAAAUCGAGAAUCAUGAAGCUACUGUUAUAAUUGAUAAAAUUAAUGUGGAAUAUGAUAACUGUGAGGAACCAGAAGUUCCGAAAAAACCAAAACACACAAUUUCGAGUAUUAAUCGACACGUUCGUUACUUUUGGGAAAUUCUCGAAAGAAAAUUUGAAUUUUUUUUUAGAAAACUCGUUCAAUAACACCUAUAAAAUCACACGAAAAACCAAAAACCGUUGAUGAGGAACUGAAGAAAAUUGACAAACAAAUAGCACAAGUUGUUGAUCAAGUUAACUCAAAACGUAAGUUUCCAAAAAAAAAUUGAAAAAAACAAAAGAAUUUUUUUGCAUUUCUUAUGAAAUUUCAAAAAAAUCAAUGAAAACUAUAUCCUAAUUUACUCUCCCAAGUCUUGGAAUUUUUUUUCUAGCCAAACAUUUUUAGAAGUUUCAACUACCUCAUCACCAAUCAAAGCAGCACCAACAACUGCGCCAGUCGACCGUGAGUCAAAAUCCUUAAAAAAAUCUUAAAACUCUAAAAUUUCAGCAUUGACUGAUCUUUUGGGAUCAAAAUUCGUCGAAUUCCUCGAUCCAAAUUAUGAAUCAGAAGAUGAACCAGAAGAUGAGAGUGAUCACAUCGAUCAAACUGUAUCAAAAGUUUCAUCAACAACAGUUAAACCAUCACCAGUUACAACAACGCGAGCUUUGCCAAUAAAACGAGUAGAAACAGCGGCAAAACUUGUAGAUAUCAAAGGAUUACUUCCAACAACGACACCGCGAGCAACAACUCCAGCUGUUCGAAUUCAACAAAUAUUACCAGAUUCAGUUCUAAAAUAUAUUUCACGCGGAAAACCGCUAAAAGUUCAAGCACAGAAUGGUGUAUUUGCAAUCCCAGUUCAUCAACCGCAUCAAAUUCCACUCGGUCCACCAUCAACUUGUACAACCGAAGGAGGUUGUUUAUUUGAAUCAUCUUUCUGCUCGUGGAAAACACCAGUAGGAAUUCAAAAUAAGUUCCAUAUAAAACAAGUUCAUAUGUCAAGUUUUGCUGAAGCUGUAGUUCCAUCAGGCGAGAUUUCAAUAAUGGAAACAGACACACGAAUGAAUAAACCACACACGGUGUUAUUUGAUUCAUUGGAAUUUUCAUUAGGCACUCGAUUAAUUGCGUGUUGUCUUUCUGAUGGAAAAUUGAAUUGUCCAUUUGCAACACAAACUGAACAAACUGCUAUUAUUUGGCAAUUUUCGAAAUUUGAAUGUCCCGCGAACACUUCAAAAAUUGCAUUUAUCUGUGAGAAUUAUGGAACAGCUGAUGGUAUUUGUGGUGUUGACAAUGUUCGGAUACAUUCUUCAACUGAUGUUUUCUUCUUGGAACCUUGCCAAAAAGAUAAAUUAUAA